AUGCGUCCAACACACGCCGCAGCCGGCCUCGAGCAACUACAGGCUUGUCAAGACAGACAGUCUGUCUCAUCACAGGCUAGCGACCCCUGCCGUGGCCUGCCCAGUUCCGGCAGACAGCCCUUUAGGUUUGGCUCCGACGGCCGUUUUGUCACUAGACCCUGCAGCUGCCUCUAUCCUAUCCCACGUCUUGACCAAGGAGCGGCCUGUUUCCUUUACAUGAUCGGCAUCCCACUUUGUUGUGUCAUUUCGCCCAGCCCGUCCCCGCCUCACUGUCACCAAGAAAGAAGAGGAUCCAGCAUUACGAUGCAGCACAGUCGUUUCACACUCCGAGACGGCCCAAAUGCGAACUGGGCGGUGCCAUGCCACUCCGUCAUGCUCAUCUCCGGAGACAGAGUAAAGGCGGGUUUGGUUGGGGCGGAGCUUUCCGCUGUCAUCUCGUCAAGUAAUGACGCCGCCAAGUGGUUGCCGAACUCGGAAGGCACACGCGCUGAGAGGCGUCACUGA